AUUUGUGAAACAUUUUUGUGGUAAACAUUUGGCAUCCAACACUCAAAUCCCUAUCUUUUAAGCAAGAAGGUUCUCUUCUUUAGUUCCAACCAAACCAAAAAAGGAGAAAGAAAGUUAAAAGGUUCCUAUCUGAACAAUUUUACCUUUGUGUCAUACUUUCAUUUUUCUUUGUGGGUUUAACAUAGAGAAAAGGGGUUCAGGGGCAGAAGUAGUGUAGAUUCAACUUUGAUGAUGGAAGUGUGGUGGUUUCUGUUAGGGGCAGUUAUACCAGUUGUAGUUGCGGGGCAAGCUCUGAAAGUAAAGGAAAAGAGGAAUGACCACGAAAGAGCAAAGACCGUAGGCAGAAGCGGUAAGGGUAGCUUCAACGGCGGUGUCUUUGUCUGUGAGAGGGUGUGCAGUUCAAAGAGACUGCUAAACAAGGUUGCAGCAUCUUCAAAAGAUCCAAUAAUGGAUGCUUGUGUGACUGUCUGUGGUGCUUAUGAACUGGAUGCUUGUGCCGAGGCUUGUGCUAAAACGGUGUGUGUCAACCAACACAAAGUGCCUGAUUGGAAUGGCGUUUGUCUUGCGAGAUGUCAAAGUGAGUGUCUUAAGCUGUUGCAUUCGCCGCCUCUCAAUUCCGAGUAAUUUCUGGGUUUCUUCUUUCAUCUCUAUGCGUCGAGUUUUGUAGUAGAAUUCAUUUUCUUUUCUUAUUGAUGAAUAAAAGCUUUUGUUGAACCAAAUCCUCCAAAAGUA